AUCUUGGGUGAUAAUCGAAACCUGUCGAUUGCACGCAUUGCAAAGGAAUAAAACUAUUCUGAAUCUAAUGGUCAAUAUUUUAUAUCCCACAAAUUCUAUUUCAAUGCGAAUGCAAGUCAUGAAAAAGGCUAAUGGAUAUAAGCCUUGGCUCUUUGACAUAACAUUUGAUGCUUGCAAAUUCAUGAAGAAUAAAUCGAACAAAGCCGUUAAAGUUGUAUUCGAUCUAUUCAAGGACUUUUCAACUGUCAACCACUCGUGUCCUUAUGUGGGCAGAAAUGGUCUAGUGGGUUUUUAUCCAGCACCCGAAAAGCUUAAACUUCCGCUGCCAACUGGCGAUUACCUCAUAUUAAUAUCGUGGAAAUUUUAUAAUAGACUUCAAUACGUAACAAAUGUUUACUUUACCUUUGUAGAGGAUUAUUAA